AUGGGUUUAGGCACGGGGGUGCCGAAGGCAAAGGGGAUGCUAAAGGCACAAGGGUGCCGAAGGCAGAGUGGUUUGCCAAAUGCACAAGCUUGCAUGUCGCAAGGCAUUGUGCCUAGGCAUGGAGGUGCCGAAGGUGUAAAGCUUGCACGUCGCAAGGCGAUGUGUUUAGGCAAGGGGGUGCCGAAUGUGAGCUUAGGCACAGGGGUGCCGAAUGCGGGCUUAGGCACUGGGGUGCCGAAUGCGGGCUUAGGCACUGGGGUGCCGAAUGCGAGCUUAGGCACUGGGGUGCCGAAUGCGAGCUUAGGCACUGGGGUGCCGAAUGCGAGCUUAGGCACUGGGGUGCCGAAGGCGAGCUUAGGCACUGGGGUGCCGAAGGUGAGCUUAGGCACGGGGUGCCGAAGGCAAGAAGAUGUCGAAGGUGAAACAAGCUUGCAUGUGGCAAGGCAUGGAGGUGCCAAAGGUAGGCUUAGGCACGGGGGCGCCAAAGGUGAGCUCAGGCAUGGGGGUACAGAAGGUGAGCUUGGGCACGGGGGUGCAGAAGGUGAGCUUGGGCACUGGGGUGCCGAAGGUGGGCUUAGGCAAGAAGAUGCCGAAGGUGGGCUUAGGCAAGAAGAUGCCGAAGGUGAGCCUAGGCACGGGGGUGCAGAAGGUGGGCUUAGGCACGGGGGUGCCAAAGGGGAGUUCAGGCACGGGGGUGCCGAAGGUGGGCUUGGGCAAGAAGAUGCCGAAGGUGAAACAAGCUUGCAUGUGGCAAGGCAUGGAGGUGCCAAAGGUAGGCUUAGGCACGGGGGUGCCGAAGGUGAGCUCAGGCUGCCAAAGGUAGGCUUAGGCACGGGGAUGCCGAAGGUGAGCUCAGGCACGGGGGUACCGAAGGUGAGCUUGGGCACUGGGGUGCCGAAGGUGAGCUUGGGCACUGGGGUGCCGAAGGUGGGCUUAGGCAAGAAGAUGCCGGAGGUGAGUUUUAGGUACGGGGGUGCCAAAGGUGGGCUUAGGCACGGGGGUGCAGAAGGUGAGCUUGGGCACGGGGGUGCCGAAGGUCGUGAGCGAUGCUCUGGCACUAAGCGUGCAAAGCACCGCAACAGUCGCAAGUGUGGGUCAUCGCCUACUUGCGAAGUCCCAUGA